AUGGGUUUUGAAAUGCUAUAUGAUUCAAAGUUUGCUCUUGUUAAGGAAGGGCUUUGCUGGUUGUUGCCCACAAAUUCUCUUCUCGAGACCAAACCAUCUGCACUCAAAAGGAUGUGUGGCUUUUAUGUGACCCCAAUAAGUCGGAUCUCCCAUUUCACUUCCGUUCCAUUGAUUCGAUCGAACUUGAAGCGCAGCAGCCUUCCUCACCGAGCCCUCAUCUCAUCUCUCUGUGUCGAAUUUCGGCCAGCCACCGGCCCACCACCACACCAUACUAUCUCCUCUGACUCUCCAGCCUUCCUUCACCACGCAGCCACCGCCACGCCACCGCUCUCUCUCUCUCGCGAUCUCUCUCUCUCGGGCGAUUUUCUCUCACAUCACAGAACUCUCGAUCCAGCACCAGCACCGAAUAGUGCAGCUACAGUUCUAUAUUUAUUUUUUGGGCUGAGGUUAUUUUACAUUGCUUGGAGAUCAUCAGAUUCUAAAUCUUCCCAGAAGAAAGAAAUUGAAGAAGCUCAUUGGUUUUCCCUUGAGUUAGCCAUGAAAGUACUAGGCAUUUACGAGAAGUGGGAAUAAUCUCAGAAUUCAGAGUUGUUCUGAAUUGACUGCCUGCAUUAUUCCUGAUGUCUGAUCACUUUUUAUAUCCUUUUGUCUUCAUCGCGUUUAUGAGCUUACAACAUGAAUUUUGUCCCUUUGCCAGUCUAUUUUGUUAUUUUUGCUGUCUAAAUUUGUUUCCAUGGUGUUGUAACUUGUAACUAAAAGGUUCAGAUACUACAAAAGUGCGAUUUCUUAUUAUCGAUGUGAUCAAGAUUUAAGUUGUUCUGUGUGUCAAUUAGGUACUUUCCACUGGACUUGGUAGGAUUGUGCCAAACUUGAUAUCAAGGAAGCAUACGAAUAGUGCAGCUACAUGUAAAGCUACCAAUUCUUUUUGUUACUUGACCACUAAGAAAUUUUAUGAGAAUCGGAUUUCCA